AUGCGGGAUGCUGGGACCCCUGAAGACUGGCGUUCCAGCGUCUUUCAACCCUGCGGGGCCAGGAUUUGGGAUGCUGUCCUCUUGUCCGCCUUGGAUUCUGGAGCCUGGCACCUCAGGAGUGGUCCCUCCAGGGAGGCCCCAGUCCUGUUUCUCACCGUGGGAGGAAAAAGAAUUGCUGACUCACCCCCCCAGGGCAGUUUCUUCUGUAGCUCCCCCGCCCCCUCAGAAGCCACCCUCCUCUCCAGGCACCCGGAUGGCAGUGGCACCCCUGGUGGCCCCUGCUGUGGGCUCGGCCUGUGGGCCCUGGCUGGGGCCACAGCCAGGCAGGGGGCCGGGUGUCCCUGGAAGGGCCUGGCGCGCGGCGGGCCCGCGCUGUGCGACGCCUUCGCCUUCGCCAUGACCUUCUUCGGCCUGGCGCCCACGUGCAUCCUCUUCGCCAUGGCCGUGGAGCGCUGCCUGGCGCUCAGCCACCCCUACCGGUACGCGCAGCUGGACGCGCCGCGCUGCGCCCGCCGCGCGCUGCCCGCCAUCUACGCCUUCUGCGCGCUCUUCUGCGCGCUGCCCCUGCUGGGCCUGGGCCAGCACCAGCAGUACUGCCCGGGCAGCUGGUGCUUCGUGCGCAUGCGUGCCGCCGAGCCGGGCGGCCGCGCCUUCUCGCUGGCCUACGCCGGCCUCGUGGCCCUGCUGGUGGCCUCCAUCGUCCUCUGCAACGGCUCGGUCGCCGUCAGCCUCUGCCGCAUGUACCGCCAGCAGAGGCGCCACCAGGGCGGCCCCGGGCCCCGGGCCGGCGAGGACGAGGUGGACCACCUGCUCCUGCUGGCGCUCAUGACGGGCGUCAUGGCCGUGUGUUCCCUGCCGCUCACGAUUCGAUGCUUCACCCAGGCCGUGGCCCCAGACAGCAGCGAGAUGGGAGACCUGCUGGCUUUCCGCUUCUAUGCCUUCAACCCCAUCCUGGACCCCUGGGUCUUCAUCCUGUUCCGCAAAGCCGUCUUCCAGCGACUCAAGCUCUGGUUGUGCUGCCUGUGCUCCUGGCCCGGCCGCGGCGACUCGCAGACGGCCCUCUCCCGACCCGCCUCGGGGAGGAGCGACCCAAGGGCCCCCUCCGCUCUCGCGGGGAAGGAGGGCAACUGGGUGCCUCUGUCUGCCUGUGGCCAGGGGCGGGGGGCACCCUUGCCUCCGGCCCAGCAGCCCCACGGUUGCACCGUGGGAACGCCGUCCAAAGGGGAGGCCGCUGUUGCCUGCCCGCUCUGCUGA